AUGGUGAGAAAGGCCAUGGGAGCUGCCACAGGACAGUUCAUUAUGCUGAUACAGCAGCAGGCAAGGCUCCCCGAGGAAAUAGAAUUGUUGGGAUUAGACGACUCUCGGAUAAGUGCAGAGUAUGGCCAACCAGUGAAGAACCCCCUACCCAUACCCGCAGAGCCCAGGGUGCCACCCCGGGCCGAGCUACCAAGAGCUCUCAGCCGUGCAGUAUCGCCCAGACCACCUCUACCCGGCUCCUGCGAUGAUCAACACACCACCACCCCCAUAUGUGCUGCAAGGAGGAGCCCCCAUCAAGGCCCACUGUACCAGUAUUCCUCGAUGACCUCGUCGAUGACCUGCACGCCUCCAGUUCUGCAGCCGCCACUGAUGCUCAAUCCGAGCCAAUCCCUCUUCAACUCUGCGGACAACUCACAACGUGCCCUGCCAGGUUCUCAGCCCCUGUUCGAGACCCCCGGCCCAGGGAUGGCCACAAGGGAAUGGGGAUCAAUCAUGACUGGGGAGAUGGCAGGCCAAGGAAACUACAACCAACCCUCCAGCAACAUUAACCUGUAUGAUAUGGCCCAGCCAGGACCAAGCCAAGUGAAAAAUCUUUGGGAGGGACACCCAGGCAACGUGGCACCUCCCCCAUCUCAAUACAUGACGCCGAAAGUGCCUGAGCCUCAACCAACCCCCAUGAUGUCACAGCCACUGCAGAGUGACUGCACUGAGGACAAGUGGUGGAUGGCACCACUGUCCUGUCCAUCCUCUGAGACGGCCUCAUCCUCAGAAGAUGUGCCAGAAACAGAUGCAGAGGGGCCAUUACCCCCGCUCACGUCCUACUCCCCAACCAGCCCACCUGUCAAUGAGCCCCAGCCAAAGCCAGACCCACCGCAACCAGUGCCAGUGAACGCACAUACACCCCUGCCCCAGACACCAAUGUCCCAAGCUAUCAGAGCUUGGCUGCAGCAGGAUUACAAGGUGUCCCGAAGAAGUAGAGAGGCAUCUUCGUGA